AUGGAUACGGUCGGAACUGACGCAGCCGCAUCUCCUAGGGUGAGUGUCAAGUCUCAGGACUCACUGUUCCUCAUCACGUACUCCAAUAUCCAGCAGCCGUUGGUGCAAACGUCGCUUGCUGCGCGAUAUCCAUUGCUGGCUAAGCUGAACGUGCUGCUUUAUAUAGAUAUUCCCACCAUCGAUUACUACAACGAUGAAAUGACGCAUAACAAGCUCUCCCGGCUGAACAAGCGGUUCAAGUUGCACCGCCUGAAGGGCUCUAUCUCGCAGAGCUUCUCCAACACGGCCACGGCAGAGGAGAACGACAGGUUCUGGGACGAGUUGAAGGAUCUGGUCGCCACUCGGCACUCGGCCGAGAACAAGUUCGACCUCAACGUGCAGAUCUCGUCAUCGGGGUCGCUGCGAUACGUGGAGACGAUCCGGUUCCUAAUCGAAAAGGUGUACAACUCCUUCAAGAGCCUGUACGCGCAGCAGAAGUUGAACCUUACGUUUCAGAUCAACGUGUCCCCUACCUCUUCCAAGUGGUUCUCCACCUUUUUGAACGCGGAACUGCUGAGGCUGAAUAUUAUCCACUGGCAGAACAUCGGGUCUUUCACCAAGACCAUCCAGAAUUCUAAGUCGCUGCCGUUCAAAGAGUACUACACUAAGUUGAACGAGAAAUUCACCAACUCGAGCCACCAUGCCGUGAGCAUGCAGGACCAGACCGUUUUGGACUCCAUCGUCAUCGUGACAAACAGCACCGGUGUGAAAGCCCUGCUGACACUGCUCUCGGACCACCCGUUGACCAGUCUUAUCUCCCAGGAGUCGAUAAAGGCCCUGCACGAAUACUCGGACUCUCUCAACGACGACAAGAACGACUUGGCCGGCACAAGCCUAAAAAGAAACUCCUCGUCUCUUCUGAGCUUCCAGAACUCUGUCCUGACUUCCAAUAAAGACAAGUCUGUUAGGGUCAGGUCCCUGUCCAUCAACCGGAAAUCCAAUAGAGCGCACAUGUUCAAGACGAAUGAGUCCAUCACCACCAUCCCGACAACAACCAUCAACAAUCUCAUCAGCAACGGGUCCAACCUGCGUAAGCAAUGUUCCACUACCGAGUUGCAGCUCCAAACACAUUUACAUCCGCAUUCUCGUUCGCAGUCGUAUUCGAGCUCGAACACGUCUAGAUCUCCAUCUCCCUUCCCCUACGGCAAAACCCCCUCAAACGACAAUCUAGUAUAUGACGAACUUAAUAACCAAAUCAACCAAGUACAAGACCGUGCCAAGAAUCAAGAAAUUUCUCAAUACAACGAUAACAAUUACGACGAUUUCGCGGAAGAAGAAGAAGAAGAAGAAGAGCAAACAUACGCAGAUGAUUAUGACGACGACGGCGAUGAUGAUGAUGAUGAUAACGACGACGACGACGACGAUGAUGAUGAAGGCCUAAGCUUUUAUGCUCCAAGCAUUCUCUCACGCUCCGGUUCCAGCACAGAUAUGUUGUCCGCAGGGGCAGAUCCCAAGGCGAACAGUUCAAAGGAAAUUAAGGGCAGGUUCAGAUCCUUAAGUUUAAUGGACCCGGCCCUGAAAAAACCAUUCAACCAGAAGCACACACACAACCAACAGCUCGAUCCCACCAGAGCAGACCCCCCUAAGAGAUCCUGUUCCUCGAGCCAUUUCACCAACGUCCACGUGCACGACGGUGACUUUGAUGGUGCCGAUACUAUUAGCAAUAAAAAGAAUUUGUCAUCCGCAACGCUCAUCAAAAGAAAAUCUCUCAUGAAUAGAAACCUGACUCCUUCCAUCAGCAACGGGCUGAUACCACCGGAGUUCAUUUCCAGGAUAUCUACACCUUCUUCUAGCGCAAGCAGCUCGAACUCGUCUUUGAACGACAUGUCCACCAUGUCGAACGCUUUUUCCAAGCUAUUGAACGACACAACCAAGAAGCAGAACUUCUUGAAUUCACCAGUCCCACAACACACGUCACAGGCAUCCCCGCUGUUACUCAGAAGCGAUUCAAACAGCAACUUGCUAUUCGAAAAAAACCUGAUCAACAAAUCGUUUGAAGAACUGAGAAGACAACCGUCAAUCAAUCUUUUCAGUACCCUGAUGAAUGGUAAAAUGGAAAAAAAUGGCUUAGCGCUAAACUUCAAAUCUAGAACGCCCACCGACGCUUUGAUGGGCGGCAACAACAAAAAUCUCAACAACGCCAGCCAUGGACUAUUGAAUCUGGAAGAAGAAGACCAAAUCAUGUCUGGGUCCGCGAAUAUAAAGGAACGCGAAGACGACGAUGAUUCGACAAGCAGCACAAUCAUACCGAGCCAUACAGAUACUGAUAGCUACAACAAUAAUGAUAACGACAAUGAUACAGGUAUAAAUUUCAAGAAUUUAAAUCUGAAUCUUUAUGAUGAUGAUGAAAAUAAUGACGACGUAGGCUAUAAUGUAGAUCCUCAAAAGAUAAAGCACUCAAAUUCAAACACUACAGUCACCAAACCCGUUUAUAAAAAGGCCAUUACAUUGGACUUAUACGGUGAAGACGAUAUGGAUAACAUGGGAGGAUGGGUAUUAGGUGGUAAUGCUCGAUAA